GAUAAUAACAUAAUCUUGUACUAUUUCAUUUCAAAUAUGUAAACACACCCAACUCAUACACAUAAUCGAAAUCAGUGAUAGAAUGUAUAACGAUGACACCGUAUUAUACACAUAAACUCACUUACAACACGGUACGAAAGAGAGGAUGAAGCAUAAAAGAAGGUAGGAAUUGGAGAAGAGUAGCACAUGAGGAUUUCAUGUUGCAUGCUUUCUCUCUCACCCCUCCUUUGCUUCUUUAGAGAGAGAGAGAGAUGUGAUAUUGUUUUCCCCUUCUUCUUUUCCUUCCUUCCCCCUCUUUCUUUCUGCCCAUUAAACAAUGAAAAUGGCAGAUUACCAAUCAUCCUUUCCCCUCCAAAGGAAACAAUCAUCAUUGCUCCCAACAAUCCUUUUCCAACCUUGAGCUUCUAAGAUUGUUAUUCCAUUCCAAUUCUUAUUCCCAUAAUCCCAUUCUCUCUCUCCUCUCUCUUAAAUACCUCUCCCUCCAACCUCACUUGUUCUUCCCCCUCCAAACCUCCUCUCAUCCCUUAUGAUGGAUCCUUCAUCCACCAACUCUGUCAAUGGCUUCUACAACUUCCUCACACGCGGCAUAGACGACCUCGAACGAGCUUUUAUGUCCAACUCCUUCAUGUCUAUCCAGUUCCUCCAAAGAGCCCUCUCCCUCCUCAGAUCAUUCCACACACAGUUAACCCUUUUAGUUCAAAAACUUCACCUUCCAGUAGGUGAAAAAUGGCUAGACGAGUACAUGGAUGAAAGCUCCAAGCUUUGGGAAAUCUGCCACGUGCUCAAACAAGGCGUUUCAAGCAUGGAGAAUUACUACUCCGCCGGCCUCAACAUCGCCGCCUCCCUCGACGCCCCCCACCGCCGCCUCAGCCCGCAGCUGGCCCGCCAGGUGAUUCGGGCCAUAUCGGGCUGCAAGAGGGAGGCGGUUGGCCUGGAGGAGGAAAAUCGGGCCUUGAUGGAGACGAGAAUCGAGCCAUUAUCUCUCAAAUUCGACGACAAAGUUUCAAUCGAAUCGAAGCUCAACGGAUUCAACGGAUUCAGAGGGGUUUUAUUCGCGAUGAGGAACGUGAGCUCGCUGCUGCUGAUGAUCCUGCUAUACGGGCUGGUCUACUGCCGGCCCGAGCCCGAUGGCAGCGGCUCGGGCUCAGGCGGCCUCUUUUUCGGCUCGGCGCUCAUGAUCUCGACGGCGCGGCUGCAGCGGCGGGUGGCGGCGGAGGUUGGCCAGAUCACGGGCCGGGCCGGGGUGCUGCUGAACGAGUUCCGGCGGUCCCGGACCGCCAUGGACGAGCUGCGGGCCGAGCUGGAGCGGCGGUGCGCGGCGGCGGAUUGGGAGCCCGAGCCGGCGCUGAGGGAGAGGGUGGAGGUUUUGAAGGGCAAUUUCGGGAUUUUGAGGGCUGGGGCGGAGAAUAUUGUGGGCCAGCUUGAUGAUUUCUUUGAUGAGAUUGUUGAAGGGAGGAAGAAGCUCUUGGAUUUCUGCAGUCAUAGGUAGAAAAAAAAAAUCCUUUUUUUUUUUGUUUUUUGGGAGAAAGGCAAUUUCAAGAAAUGUGAGGAAAAUACAAGUUUUUUUAGGGGAGAAAGAAAAGAAUCUCAGAAGUUGUUUGACUGUAACUUAAUUUUUAUUUUUAGUUUCUUUGGUUCUCUCUCACUUUCUCUCUCAUACAUGGACAAUCUUGAAGAAUCUCUUUCUUGUUAA